AAUAAACCCACUCAUUCUAAAUAAGAAUAUAUCACAUACAACCAUAUAAUUGUUAGAAAGCUUACCAUUCUUGAAUUAGGAUCCGUAUUUUGUCACAUAUCACUCCUGCUUUUAAUUCAGAGGAGAAGUUCAUCUUUAAUUUUUUUUUUACCUUUCUUAUUUGCAAAGGUGGUCUAUACAGAAAAACAAAUCAUAUACUUUAAAUGUCAAAUUAUCAAGAUUUACCGUCUCGUCAAAAGUCACAACGUCUUAUCAAUAAGAUGAAGUCCAGCAAGGUUCAACAGUUUAAUCGGUAUAAGCAACGUGCUAGGAAUAUCACCAAUGCGACCGAACUUUUACCUGGUUUGAAUGAUAUUUCCGAUGCAUUUGAAGCGUUACCUCUUGAUAUCAUCAAGUAUUUCACUUUAUUAAAGGAGAUAGAUGCCAAAUGUAUAAAUUCUGUACCACAGAUUAAUAACUCUAUCAAAAAUUAUAUUGAUUGCUUACAUGAAAGUAAUCCAAAAGUGGAAAAAUUAACCAAACAAUCAAAAAUUAAACGAUUAACAAAUAUUAGGGAUAAAAUUCAUGAAAUAAUUCCUUGUUUGGAAGAGAAAAUGCAUGUUACAUCAGUUGCCACCGACUCUCUUCACAAGCACAUGUUUAGAAUCAAUAAUGAUUAUAAAUUAAUUCUCAAUAAUAAUGAAAUUCCUGAAGCAAUUAGAAUAGGACCUUUAAAUCAUCCUGCUAUGAUUAUGGAUUCAUCUUCUCCAUCUGAUCAUUCCAAUCCAAAUAGAUCUGCUCAGUCUCAAAGAAGUGAAAGUAGAAGAGAAGCAUUGGCUGCCAAGAAGGCCAAUAAGGAUUCCGGGUAUGAAGAUGAUGAGCCUAAUACUGGUAAUUCAAAUGGGAAUGGAAGUACUAAUUCUUCUAGUGCAACUGUGGGGAAGAAGAAGAAGACAUCUAACAACAAUAAUAAUAACAAUACUAAUGGUAACAAGGAUGGUAGUCCAGCUACAGAUGCAGUACCAUCUGUUGGCGGGCCAAUUACUGGUACAAAAGUUGGUACAAACAAUAACGUUGGUGCACCAUCAAAGAAAAGACCAAGAAAGGAACAAGAGGAAAUAUCAAGACCUGGAACUCCUAAUGGAGGGGUUGGAUCUAACGGUUCAAAGAAGAGAGCAACUAAACCAAAGAAAGAAGAUCAACUGGCAAUUUCUGAAACCCCACAUGGGAAUGCAUCAACUCAAAAUAAUGAGCCUACUUAUUGUUAUUGUAACCAAGUCUCUUUUGGGGAAAUGGUUGGAUGUGAUGGUGAUGAUUGUAAGAGAGAAUGGUUUCAUUUGCCAUGUAUUGGGUUCAAGAACCCUCCAAAGGGAAAAUGGUAUUGUGAUGAAUGCUUGGUUAAGAUGAAGAAGACUAAGAAAAUAUAAAACAAGAUAGAUUGAGAAGAGUAUAUAUAUAAUAUUGUUAAUAAUG